AUGGGUUUAGCUGCAGUGAAAAACAAACAGAAACUGGGACUUGAUCCCAGAAACACCAACUGGAGUAACGACACCUCGAGGUUCGGGCAUCAGCACCUCGAGAGAAUGGGGUGGAAACCGGGUUCUGGCUUGGGUUUGAUGCCAAAUUCCACCACAACCCACGUCAAGGUGUCGAUAAAGGACGAUAAUCUGGGUCUCGGAGCGAAACUGCGUAAUAAACAAAAAACAGACGAGUUUGACAGUGGUGAAUGUGCGGGUUUGGAUGCGUUUCAACGCCUCUUGGGACGGCUCAAUGGUAAAGAAGAUUCGGUGAGCAGCGAACUAGAAUUACAGCGUAAGGACAAUAUUAUAAACGGCAAAUGGGGUAUUCACUUUGUGAAGUGUGACGUCUUAGCUAGUACUUGGGAUGCAAAAACCAAGACUUUGAAGACUUACAGCAAUAAGUCCGCCAAAAGAGAGCACGAGGAUGAUGAUGCAACCUCGAACGACAAGAAUAAAAAGCGGAAGAGGAGCGAAAAGUCUGCCAAACGCAAGAAAGGCAGUGACUCCCGCCAGGAUUCCGGCAGUGGUUCAGAGAGGUCCAGUUCCGGCGAUGAUGGGAAGAAAGACAAAAAGGACAAGAAGGGGAAGAAGAGUAGGAAGGAGAGGGGCUCUAAGGAUUUGAAUUCCGCCUCGACAAAGAUAAAGAAGGACAAGAAGGACAAGAAGGACAAGAAGGAUAAGAAGGAUAAGAAGGAUAAGAAGGACAAGAAGGACAAGGAGGAUAAGAAAGACAAGAAGGAUAAGAAGGACAAGAAGGAUAAAGAGGACAAGGAAGAUAGAAAGGAUAGAAAGGACAAGAAGGAUAAUUUGGUGAAGAAAAGUGAAAAGGUGAGCAAGAAGGCGGACGAAUCAACCAGGGAUGCUAUGCUGAAGCCUAAAGAAAUACAAGACGAUAAAAUUGCGUCGAGACUAUCUGUGCGGUCUAGAUGGAUAAAGCAAAAAAGAGCAGCUGUCAUGGAUGCCAAGGCCUUGAAUGAGAUAUUUAUGAUUACCGGUUAA